UUGGGGAGGGGGGUUGUGAAUGAAGCGAUCACGUGACUGCUGAAGGUCGGCGCAAGUGCAAAUCGGAUUACUCUCGGGAAUGCGCACACGGACGCGCACACGCACACGCACGCCUCCUUCAUGUGUGCGCGCACAUACGCACGGUGGGUUCGGUGGGUCCGGUGGGUCAGUUCGGGCUGACAUGGCAGACCAGGCGUUUGUUACCCUCGCUACGAACGACAGCUACGCUAAAGGAGCGCUGGUGCUCGGGGCGAGUCUGAGGAAGCACGAAACGUCCCGAAAACUCGCCGGGCUGAUCGGACAUGAAGUUUCACCUCCAUACAGAUCGGCUCUGGCUCAGAUCUUCGACGAGGUGUGUGAGGUGAGCGUGCUGGACAGCGGAGAUUCUGCUGGUCUGGCGCUGAUGAGGAGACCAGAACUGGGCGUGACCUUCAGCAAACUGCACUGCUGGAGCCUGACGCACUACAGCAAGUGUGUGUUCAUGGACGCGGACACACUGGUUUUGUGUAACAUCGACGAUCUGUUCGAGCGUGACGAGCUAUCGGCCGCUCCGGACCCCGGCUGGCCCGACUGCUUUAACUCCGGGGUGUUCGUGUUCCGGCCGUCGAAGGAAACGUACGCGAGGUUACUGACCGCCUGCACCGAGCACGGCAGCUUCGACGGUGGGGAUCAGGGUGUGUUGAACAGUUAUUUCAGCGACUGGGCUACGGCUGAUAUCGCUAAACAUCUUCCCUUCAUCUACAACCUGAGCAGCGUGUCCAUCUAUACCUACCUACCAGCCUUCAAAAAGUUUGGACAUAACGCCAAGGUGGUCCACUUCCUGGGAGAGAGGAAGCCCUGGAAUCAUCAUCAUCACGAUGGUGACGUUGAAGACCACAGUAGUGAAUCAGAGCAGCGUCCUGAUUACGUCCAGCAGUGGUGGAGUGUGUACGAAUCGUCGGUGCUUCCAUUACUGACUGAUGAACUUACGCAGCAGGACCAGAACACACCCGGUGAAGAGCAGCAGCAGCAGGAGCAUCAGGAGCGUGUGUAUGACGAGAAGGUCCAGGAUGAGGAGGACCAGGUUCCUCCCUCGGUUCCUCAAAUCUCCUCUGAGCAGAGGAAGCAGAAGUGGGAGCAGGGAGACGCCGACUACCUCGGAGACGACUCCUUCACUCACAUCGAGAGAAAGCUCGACACCUUUCUCAGCUGAACACCGACAGUUUACAUUCAUCCUGGUCAGGGUGGCGGUGGGUUCAGCACCACGCAAGAACGGGGCAUCGCUGACUCACAGCUGGGCAGCCAACUCACCUUCUGCAUGAUUCGGGAGGUGGGAGGAAACCCACAUGGGUACGGGGAGAGUGUGAAAACUUAAAGCUACAAAUCCCCACAGACAAACUUCAAAGUCUUCAAAGUGAGAAGCUUCUCAGACGAGCGGCUGUUUUUGAACACAUGCAGAAGGUGAAUUGGCCGCCGCCCUGUCCUGGGUGCAUUCCCAGCCACGCCCAGUGUUUUGUCGGGUGCUGCCUGGCGCACAGCGGCCCUGAUCAGGAUGAAGUGGUUAAUAUAGAGAGCACUUAAGUAUAUUUAUUGUUUUAAAUAUCAGAUUUUUGUAAAACUAGUACAUUAUUAAAGCUAACAAUAAUAAUAAUAGGGCAGGGUGGCUUAGCGGUUAAGGUACUGGACUAGUCAUCAGAAGGUUGCUGGUUUAAGCCCCACGCUGCCACUGUUGGGUCCCUGAGCGAGGCCCUUAACCCUCAAUUGCUCAAAUUGGAUUCAGUCAUAAUUGUAAGUCGCCUUGGAUAAAAGCGUCCACUAAAUGCAACAAAUGUAAACGUAAUAAACGUGUUAAUUAAACGCUAACACAUGCUA